CGGAUGCGACCCGGCGGCUGUGGUUGCCAGGGCGACGGGCGCUCCCAAGAGCUGCUGGUACUCGCAACUGGAGAAUUAGAACGGGCUUCCUUGGGCGGGCCUGGACGGCUGGGCUCGUCCUCUCGGAGUUCCCAGAAUGUUCUUUUACCUGAGCAAGAAAAUUGCCAUUCCCAAUAACGUGAAGCUGAAAUGUGUAUCUUGGAACAAGGACCAAGGUUUCAUAGCAUGUGGUGGUGAAGAUGGAUUACUGAAAGUUUUGAAGUUAGAGACACAGACAGAUGAUGCAAAAUUGAGGGGUCUUGCUGCCCCUAGUAACCUUUCUAUGAAUCAGACUCUCGAAGGCCAUAGUGGUUCCGUUCAAGUUGUAACAUGGAACGAACAGUAUCAGAAGUUGACAACCAGUGAUCAAAAUGGGCUUAUCAUUGUUUGGAUGUUAUAUAAAGGCUCUUGGUAUGAAGAGAUGAUCAAUAAUAGAAAUAAAUCAGUGGUUCGAAGUAUGAGCUGGAACGCCGACGGACAGAAGAUCUGCAUUGUAUAUGAAGACGGGGCUGUGAUCGUCGGUUCAGUGGAUGGGAAUCGCAUUUGGGGAAAAGACUUGAAGGGUAUACAGUUAUGCCAUGUAGCAUGGUCUGCAGAUAGUAAAAUCCUACUUUUUGGAAUGGCAAAUGGAGAAAUACACAUUUAUGAUAAUCAGGGGAAUUUUAUAAUGAAAAUGAAACUGAAUUGCUUGGUGAACGUCACUGGAGCGAUCAGUAUUGCCGGGAUUCAUUGGUACCACGGCACGGAAGGCUACGUGGAGCCGGACUGCCCCUGCCUGGCGAUUUGUUUUGACAAUGGGCGGUGCCAAAUCAUGAGGCACGAGAAUGACCAAAAUCCUGUUUUAAUCGACACCGGCAUGUAUGUGGUGAGUAUCCAGUGGAACCACAUCGGCAGCGUGUUGGCUGUGGCCGGCUCCCAGAAGGUCGUCACUCAGGAUAAAGAUGUAAACACCGUGCAGUUUUACACUCCAUUUGGUGAGCAUUUAGGCACUUUGAAAGUUCCUGGAAAGCAGAUGUCUGCACUAUCUUGGGAAGGAGGAGGACUGAAAAUUGCACUAGCUGUUGAUUCGUUUAUAUAUUUUGCAAACAUUCGACCUGAUUAUAAGUGGGGUUAUUGCUCAAACACUGUCGUUUAUGCUUAUACCAGACCUGAUCGUCCAGAGUAUUGUGUUAUCUUUUGGGAUACGAAAAACAAUGAGAAAUAUGUUAAAUAUGUGAAGAGUCUCAUUUCGAUUACUACUUGUGGAGAUUUCUGCAUUUUGGCUACAAAAGCUGAUGAAAACCAUCCUCAGGAGGAGAACGAGAUGGGGACAUUUGGUGCAACGUUUGUGCUAGUUCUUUGUAAUUCUAUUGGCACACCUUUGGAUCCCAAAUAUAUUGAUAUUGUACCAUUAUUUGUUGCAAUGACCAAAACCCAUGUGAUAGCAGCUUCGAAAGAAGCAUUUUAUACCUGGCAGUAUCGUGUGGCAAAGAAGCUCACAGCAUUGGAAAUUAAUCAGAUCACACGGUCUCGAAAAGAAGGGAGAGAAAGAAUUUAUCAUGUUGAUGAUACUCCUUCUGGAUCAGUGGAUGGGGUGCUUGAUUAUAGUAAAGCAAUUCAGGGUACCCGGGAUCCGAUUUGUGCCAUAACUGCAUCUGAUAAGACACUGAUUGUGGGUCGUGAAUCUGGCACCAUUCAGAGAUAUAGUCUUCCCAAUGUUGGUUUAAUUCAAAAAUAUUCCCUCAAUUGUCGAGCCUACCAGUUAUCCUUAAACUGCAACUCUAGUCGUCUGGCUAUCAUAGACAUCUCAGGCAUUCUCACUUUCUUUGACUUGGAUGCUCGGGUAACAGACAGCACGGGACAGCAAGUCAUUGGCGAGUUGUUAAAAUUGGAGCGGAAAGAUGUCUGGGAUAUGAAGUGGGCCAAAGACAAUCCGGAUUUGUUUGCAAUGAUGGAGAAGACAAGAAUGUAUGUUUUCAGAAACUUGGAUCCUGAGGAGCCCAUUCAGACUUCUGGAUAUAUUUGUAACUUUGAGGAUUUAGAAAUUAAAUCUGUUCUUUUGGAUGAGAUAAUGAAGAAUCCCGAACAUCCAAACAAGGAUUAUAUAAUUAACUUUGAGAUCCGGUCCUUGCGAGAUAGUCGAGCAUUGAUCGAGAAGGUUGGAAUUGAAGAUGCAUCUCAAUUCAUAGAGGACAAUCCACACCCCCGACUUUGGCGCCUACUGGCUGAAGCAGCUCUUCAGAAACUGGAUUUGCACACUGCAGAGCAAGCAUUUGUGCGCUGCAAAGAUUACCAGGGCAUCAAGUUUGUGAAGCGUCUGGGCAACCUGCAGAGUGAGUCCAUGAAGCAGGCAGAAGUUGCUGCCUACUUCGGCAGGUUUGAAGAGGCGGAAAGAAUGUAUCUUGAUAUGGACAGAAGAGAUCUUGCUAUUGGCCUUCGGCUGAAAUUGGGGGAUUGGUUUAGAGUACUGCAGCUCCUGAAAACUGGAUCUGGUGAUGCUGAUGACACUCUCCUAGAACAAGCCCACAACGCCAUCGGAGACUACUUUGCUGAUCGACAAAAAUGGUUGAAUGCUGUACAAUAUUACGUACAAGGCCGGAACCAGGAACGUCUAGCUGAAUGUUAUUAUAUGUUGGAAGAUUAUGAAGGAUUGGAGAAUCUUGCCAGUUCACUUCCAGAAAACCACAAGUUGCUUCCAGAAAUAGCACAGAUGUUUGUGAGGGUUGGAAUGUGUGAACAAGCAGUGACUGCAUUUUUGAAGUGUAAUCAGCCAAAGGCAGCGGUAGAUACCUGUGUACAUCUCAACCAAUGGAACAAAGCUGUUGAACUAGCUAAAAAUCAUAGUAUGAAAGAAAUUGGAUCCCUGUUAGCGAGGUAUGCAUCUCAUUUAUUGGAAAAGAAUAAAACUCUUGAUGCCAUAGAACUCUAUCGGAAAGCCAAUUACUUUUAUGAUGCUGCUAAACUGAUGUUUAAGAUUGCAGAUGAAGAGGCAAAGAAAAGAACCAAACCGUUACGUGUCAAGAAGUUGUAUGUCCUAUCAGCUUUACUCAUAGAACAAUACCAUGAACAAAUGAAAAAUGCCCAAAGAGGAAAAGUUAAAGGAAAGAGCUCAGAGGCCACUUCUGCUUUGGCUGGUUUGCUGGAAGAGGAAGUUCUGUCUACAACUAGUCGUUUCACAGAUAAUGCUUGGAGAGGGGCCGAGGCUUACCACUUCUAUAUACUUGCCCAGAGGCAGCUCUACGAGGGAUAUGUUGACACUGCACUGAAGACAGCCCUUCACCUGAGAGACUAUGAAGACAUCAUCCCCGCCGUUGAGAUCUACUCUCUGUUGGCGCUCUGCGCUUGUGCCAGUAGAGCUUUUGGUACUUGUUCAAAAGCUUUUAUUAAACUGGAAUCUUUAGAGACCCUCAGUUCAGAGCAAAAACAGCAAUAUGAAGAUCUUGCUUUAGAAAUCUUCACGAAGCAUACUCCAAAAGAUAAUAGAAAAUCUGAAUUGGACAGCCUUCUUGAAGGAGGGGAAGGGAAACUGCCAACCUGUGUUGCCACGGGAAGCCCAAUCACCGAGUACCAAUUCUGGAUGUGCAGCGUGUGCAAGCACUGUGUGCUGGCACAGGAAAUAAGUAACUACAACUUCUGUCCCUUAUGCCAUAGUUCAGUGGGAUAAAGAAAUGACAGAUUCCUCUGUCUGUAAAAUACAUGUAGCAUAUAUCCAUAGCUGUGACGGUAUAUAUAAUGAUGGGUUUUCAUACAUUUUAUAUGAAAACCAGCAUCAUUAUUUCAUAGUUGUGUUGUUACACAAAAUCAUAUGUAUACAUAAUACAUACACAUAUAUAUAUCAUACAGAUGUUAUAUAUACAUAACAUAAUUUUGUGUAAAUAUACUGCUAUGAAAUAAUGAUGCUGAUUUUCAUAUAAAACAUAUGGAAAUCAGUCUUAUUUCCUAUCUGUCUGUUAUGAUUACAUGAUAACUAUGAAAAUAUUCCAAAUAAGAAGUUUUUAUCACCGUUUCAGGCUUACUGACUCAUCAGAAACCUUGGUAGGGUUAGGUGAUGAGAAAGCGGGAGUGGGGCAAAGUUGAAUGUAGGGAAUUGACAUAAUCUGUAUUAGAAGGUUAAACAAUUGUAAUAUUAAAAUGAUCUCUAUUGUUAGCUGUGUUUCAUUAAAUAAGUAUCAAAUGUCUUCUAUAUUUUAUUUUCAGAAGUGAGAAGGCACUUUAAGCUAUUUUUUUUAUGAUUUCGAUUGUUUCUAAUAGCCUAUUUUUUUGUAUAGCCUUUCCUUUUUUAUCUACCCUUUUGGCCUCAUCUGAGAGAUGGCAUUUAACGUGACUCUGUAUUGUGCAGAAAACUUGGCUCUUUUUAUAAUGAUAAAAUUUAUACAACAACAUCCAUUUUGUAGUUACAGUUUUAGUUGAAAUAUUGUCUCUAAGCAGGGCCCUUUCUUUAAACAACUCUAGGGUGUGGGGAAUGAUUCUUUCUGGCUCAUGUGUCUGUUAUGACUUAUCAUCAUUAAUUAAAAAAGAAAAAUUGGUAACCAGCAA